CUCCUCCACUCCUAUCCCCCCUCUCCGUUUCCCCUCCCAACCGCAGGCGGCGGCGGCGGCGCACCAAGCCAGCGACCCCAACCCCACCUCCCUCCACCGGCCCUCGUCCUGCUUCGGCCGGUCAAGGGGCGCCCGCUCCCGCCUCCCUCCCUCCCUCCUCCUGCGGCCGGUCGCGGCGGCAUGCUGGCGUGAAUCGAGCGGCGCGGCCUGAGACGAAGGCGAGGGGCGAGCACGAAGAGCGACCGCGGCGGCGAGCUGUGGUACCGCGUCGUCGACGGAUCCCCUCCUCCCCGCCCCGGCCAAUCCCAAGCUCUGAAAAGAGGCUGCACAAUGGAGUUAUCAAAGCAGGGCCAGGAACCCAUGUCAGCUAGCAUGGGAUCUCAAGCACUCCCCUCUUCAAAUAUCCAACCUACUCAGACCGGGUAUCCCACUGCAUUCUAUCCUCCCCUAUCUGCUGGCUGGGGUGCACAGCCAAUGUUCUCUACGGGAGCUUCGGUACCUGUCAGUUCAUAUUAUAUUGUCCCUAUGAGUCAACAAGCUGCCCAAGCUGGUGCUUCCAGGCCAGAGACUUCACAUCCUAUAUCUGUAAGCAGAGUAUCAUUGAGGCCGCCGCAGCAGGUGCUGAAUGUUCAAACAUCUUUGCCAGCAAUGACUGGAUCACAGCUGUCGCCAUCUGUUGCGGGAAAGAAAAGUGUUGCUUCUCCAAAGGUUCAGAUGAUGAAAUCUGCAUUAUCUACCAAGCGUCCUGCACAGAAAGAACUACCAUCAAAGGCUCAGCCUCAGCAGUUUGAAUCUGUGAGAUCAAAGUUCAGGGAGUCACUUUCUGCUGCACUCGUAAUGGAUUCUGACCAGCAGGAUAAGAAACAAUCUGCACAGAACCUUCAGUCUGAUGGGUCAGCAGACCAGAAGAAGGUGGAGGGAGAUGAAGUGCAGGAUACAGUGAUGACCACAUCCAAGGAUGCGAGUACAACCAAUUCAGAGGCAGACAAUGCUGAUGUUGCUAAGAAAUGCGAGGGAGAUAAGAAGUUAGGCUGUGGCAUAGCAUCAGACAUGAUCACAAGCACAAAUGAUGAUAAACAGCAACAACUAAAGCACCUUCCUUCAGAAGAUGAAGUAUUAGGCCAAAGUAUGGUUGUCACAGAUGAACUCUUGCAAGGUCAUGGCCUUUGUUGGGUUUCUGAUUUUGCUGCUGGGAUGCCUGAACCUGUGACACAACCUAAUUUGAAGAGGGACAGGGCUUCUGAUAUUGAGCCUGGGGUUACAGGCAAUUUGACAGAGUCUGAAUCAAAAAGAAUAAAGUCUACAGACAAGGCAGCAACAGAUAAGGCUAGUAUGAUCCAGAAGGCUGAAAGCUUGGCAUUUAGAAUUGAAGAGGAACUCUUUAAACUGUUUGGUGGAGUGAACAAGAAGUACAAGGAGAGAGGCAGAUCUCUUCUGUUUAAUCUAAAAGAUAAAGGCAACCCUGAGUUAAGGUCGAGGGUCAUAUCUGGAGAACUUGCACCCGAUCGCCUUUGUUCAAUGACUGCGGAGGAACUUGCUUCCAAAGAGCUCUCAGAGUGGCGGUUGGCUAAAGCCGAAGAACAUGAAAAAAUGGUUGUCCUUCCUAACACUGAAGUUGAUGUCAGGCGUUUAGUGAGGAAAACACACAAAGGAGAGUUCCAAGUUGAAAUAGAAGAAACUGAUGGUAUUUCAGUGGAGGUUGAGCUUGGGGGUAAUGUUCUAUCUCAUGUUCCACCAAAAGCUGUUGAAAGUGAAACAAAAACCAAUGAUGAAACAAGUAUGGAUGAUAAAACUGGUGUAGAAGUUAAGGACAAGGGUUCUGAUGGCAUGUCACAAGAUGAGGAUGGUGGGACAGGUGACAAUGAUUCAUCAGGCAAUGUUGAAUAUAUUGAAAAUGAGAAAGCAGAUCUUAUUGAUGAACUUAUGGUCGAUGACUUGAAAGACGCAGAGAAUCUUCCACCAAUUCCUUCGCUAGAUGAAUUCAUGCUGGGGUUAGAUUCUGAACCACCUUUUGAAAAUUUAUCAGCUGGGACACCGCAAAAAGAUCUCAGUGAUUCUGAUGAACCUAGCUCCACCUUAGAAUCUGAGAAACUUCCUGAGACAGAAGAUAAGCAGUCUGCACAAAAGAAGGCCAGAUCUGAAUCAGAUGUGCCGGCUUUACAGGGUAAAUCGGAGUCCAAGUCAGAAUCACCCAAACAGAAGUCAGAAUCACCCAAGCAGAAGGUUGGUUCAGAGUUGGUUCCUGAUGUGCCGCGCGAUGGAGAGUUAAUCAAAUCCUCCCCUGAGAAAGUCGAAUCUAAAGAACCUGCUGCUGCUAGUGCUAAUAUGUCGAAUCCUGUUUCGACUGUGAACCAUAAGACAACUGCUGGUCCUAUGAUUCGUGAGAGUAUAUGGGAGGGUGCGAUUCAGCUUACUCUAUCGUCACUCACGAAUGUUGUUGCCAUUUUCAAAAGUGGUGAAAAGCCAUCUGGGAAAGAAUGGAGUAGCUUAAUUGAAAUCAAGGGGAGAGUUAAACUUAGUGCUUUUCAAGAUUUUCUCGAACAACUUCCCAAAUCUAGGAGCCGCGCUAUAAUGGUAACGGAGCUGUGCUGGAAGGAGGGUUCGUCGGAGAGUGGCCGCCAACAACUCUCGCAGACAAUUGAUUCAUAUAUUGCAGAUGAGAGAGUGGGACUAGCUGAGCCUGCAGAUGGACUGGAGCUGUACCUGUGCCCUCCUCAAGGGAAAACUGUGGAGAUUCUCUCCCAGCACCUGCCAAAGGAGCACUUGGGUGGUCUCGCUGUGGCAGAAACGUCGAUAAUUGGAAUCGUCGUCUGGCGGAGACCCAGCGUUCCUAGGGUGUCCUCCCAUCAGAGGCAUGAUGGUUCCAAGAGGCAGUCAGCCCCAAGGAAACCCCAGGUUACCGGUUCUACUUCGGCCCAUAGGCCCUCCGCGCCCCAGAACUCUCACGGCGUGCCACCAGGUUUUCCCAACCAGCGCCACCACCAGCACCAAGAGGAGGAUGUAACCGAUGACGAUGUGCCCCCAGGUUUUGGGCCUGGCGUUGUUGCGCGCAGGGAUGAAGACGAUCUCCCCGAAUUUAAUUUUGUUAACCCCGCUGCUAAUGUAACGACGCAUGCCUUCAAGGGCCAACGGCAUGUACCACCGACCUCUGCUCGCCCAGUCGAGCAAAUGAGGGAAUUGGUUCAGAAGUAUGGUAAAAGAUCAUCUGUUGAAUCGCGUCCGUGGGCUGACGACGACGACGACGAUGAUAUACCAGAGUGGAACCCCAUCCAGCAAAGUAGGCAGCCGCCUCCAUUUACACCCACCCCGCAGCAACCACUCCCACCACCACCACCACUGCCGCCCAUGCAGCAGAUCCACCAUGCGUACCAGCAGUACAACCCAAAUGCAAUGCAGCCUCUCCUUCCCCAGGUUGCAAUGCAGUACAGCCUUAGUAGCCAGCAGCAGCUCCCUUUGGUCCAGCAGCAGCUUCAGCCUUCGCAAACAUGGCAGCAGCAGCCUAGUGCCUGGUGGCCGGCGACGGCGCAGCAGGGUGGGCCGGCCGCCGCCGGCUCUGCUGUUCCAGCACCCCAGUAUGGUGGUGUGAUAAUGCCUAAUGGUAGCAGCGCCCAAGCUGGGAAUCUAGGUGGCGCCCCCUGGGGACAGAGAUAGAAACGAAGAUGUAAAAUUUAGCUCUCUUGUUUUCUUUGUAGCUGCCAGCGUCAGUUCUAGUGUUGGUCUCUUUUACCUCUUUUAGCUUACAGAUUCGUGUAAGUAUGUGUACACCCCUCCUGUACCCGAGCAUGUAACUCUAGAUGCCUGUGUGGGUUGUAUUUCGUAAUAAACAUCAUAGGAUCUGUCGCACUGAACCAUUGCUCUCCUUGGACAAGACAUUCUGUAAACGGUUGUUUGGACGCAGAAAAAUUUGGCAAUAAUGUUUGGACGCAGAAAA